ACUAUUCACAGGACAAUGCAACCGACUGGCACUGGCACUUGUUUUGCAGGAAAAGUCGUCUGCCAUGACAUCAAACCAAAACAACAACUUGCACACUUUCCUGGCCAACGCAAAAAUUCGAAGAAUGUCACAUAAUUGGAAUGAUUACCUGGAACUAACUGUGCAAAAAGAGUGUUGUUGCUAGAGAAUUAAUGUGACAAGAAACAGACAAGCCUGCUUCAUUCAACGACUAGAAAUCGCAUUUGCCGACGUACCACAUUUCUGUGGGAUUGUGCUAACCUCAGCUCUUUAGGUUUUUACAUCUUUGGGUGUCUUUCUCUUCGUACAACUAACGAAAUAUUACUCCUGUAAAAGAAGAGAACUCAUUAAAAAUGGAGUACAGAAACUUGUUGGGUGGAACAGCACACUGUGCAAACGACCAACUAAUGGAUGAAGUGAGAAGUGUGUUGGAGUACCUGGGCCAAGAAGAUAUGAGCAAGAACCUGAACCAAGCCAUUCUUGCCGUGUGUGGACGUUUUCUUUUGGGUGACCGACAACUGUCUAUUUCAUCAGAAAAAAGGAAAGCCCUUCAGACGCUUUGCACUCUCCUCCGUACACUCAACGCUACUUUGCUGGAGAGGACAGGCAAGCACCGUGUUGAGGCAACUUUGACCAAAUGCACCAUGACACUUGCCCUGUCUGAACUCCGAGACUUGUCUGGGGGCACUGACAGCUGUUUGACAUUACUUUGUGAUGUUUUAAGGCAGUCCUUGACCUUGAUGGAGGAAGGUGAAAGAGAGGAAUGGAUUGCAUCAGUGAAAACAGAAUGUGAAAAUGCCCUCAGUGCUGAAGUCUUUAGUGAAGUCACACCUGAAGCAACCUCCCUGAAGCCAGAAGCCUGUCUGCACAUUCUUGAAGUCGUUUUGGAUUCUGUUUGCGCUACUUAUCCUCGGAAAGGCUCAGACUAUGAUGAUGAGCAGAAGAGCCCUACUAAUGAUCUAAGUCCAUUCAUUAACACCUGUAACAUGAAACUGCAUCAAAUCUUUGUGCAAAUGGUUCUUGGUCAGAAUGAAGGACAAAGAGCACAUUUAUUAGUGGUGCUUAUUCCUCUUCUAGUCAAGGUUGAAGGAUCUGUGCAACUUCUUCGUGAACUCUGGGAUGCUUUGUGUAGUCUAGACUGUGACGAGUCAGGUUUUCGUUCCCUGGGAACAGUGUGUGCUCUUGCUGACUUUUUUCUUCCUGUAGACCAGAGGUCCCACCGUUUGAAGCGGUUUCCCUUAGUGGAUCGUCCCAAAUUCUGGCGUCUUCUUCAAAAUGGAGUAUGUGCUCAACAACCUCUCGCUCGUAAACAAGCUUUGUACCUUUUAAAAAGGGCCAUUGAUGAAUUAGUGAAGAGUGGGAAAUCUAUAAAUGUUACUGAGUUUGAAUGGGAUGUUGGUAACGUAAAUGCACUCCAAGCUACAUGGCAAGAUCUCUUCCUUGUUCUGGAAGCUCUUGAAGAAGCGCAAGCUCAUUUAGUGCGUCCUGUCUUAAAUAUUUUAAGCCGUCAGUUAAAUACUCAUAACUCAAGAAAAACUUGCAUUAGUUUACCAUGGCUACUAUGUGCCUUCCAGAGAGUCCUCCAGCACCCAAGUCAAGUGAUUGUGACGUGGGGAAUUGAGACUCUGCUUGGACCAGAUGGUUGUGGUGUUCUGGCAGGAAAGGAAGCUCAAACAUUUAGCAGAUUCAUCCUGAAAUCACUUCUGCCUUCAAUUAACUCUCCUGUCUUAUUUAAUGCAGACGGCAACAUUUUAAAAAUUCUCACUGAAUUCUUUUGCUCAGUUUCUAGACAAACAUGUGCUAAGAACUUCUUUUCAAAUCUUCUGCACAAUUUAACCUGCCUUCCCUGGAGCCCUGUUCCACUCUUUUUCAUCUCAGAAGCCCUGUCGCAAGUUCCUCCUGUAUCUUGUUGGAGUCCUAGGGACCUACGAGAAAUGCAAAAAUUGGUGUCUGUAACACUUCAGACCCAAAGCGUCAUGAUUCGUGCUGCUACUCAAAGUAGACUCCUUAUGUGCUUGACACAUCUAACAGACCCACAACAGAUGGACCUUAAUAUUAUCUGUGAUCUGCUCUCUGUGUUUAACAGAGACGAAUGCCUACGCCGAGGCACUGAAGCUUGGCUGGGUGUAGUUCGCUGGUUGUGUAAAUUUAUCGAUAGUAAUAAUGCCCUAUCAUGGGUGACCAAGGUAACAUCAAGACCUGAGAAGCCUGAAAUGGGCGUGGCUCGGUUUAUUGCGUUCUUGCUGGAUGCAAGGAAGCUUGAUAAUUUGGAUGCUAUUGAACCCAUACUUGAAUCAAUCCUUGACUGUGAAACUCGUUUAUAUGCAUGUCAAGACUCUCAGAACUUCUGUAUGAAGCUUCUUGCUCAUCUCAUUCAAGAGAGUGAGCCUCUUCCUAUGAAUGCAGAUGAAGACUGCACAAGACAGAUUGUCAUCUGCUUUGUGAAGAAUGCUUUGGUGAACUGCAUUUCCCUUUCUGCUGUGAGAUUGAGAACUGUUCAGGAGAUGGCUGAUUUUCAUAGAAUAACAAGCUUUCUCCCAUCUUUAGAAAUCCUAUUGUUAGACCCAGUAACUUUACCUAUGCUGGCAACUCUGAACCUUGAUUCUCUUUUGUACUCUGCUCUGGAGGUCCUAAAAAAUUUUGCUGAGAACCCACCAUUGCAGGUGUAUUUUGCAGUUUGCAUAUUUAAGUUUAUUGCAAUGAUUCAAGAACAUUCAUGUCUGGAUCAUUUGAGACCAAUAAUCAUGGAAGCUAUCAAUGUCAUAUUUACUUCUGGUCAAUUUGGACAACCUUUGAUCACUCAUCGAGAUUCUCGACUACCUCAGGAAUUGUUGGAACUGCAAGGUUUAUUAGUUUCCCUUCACACUCAGGUUAUUUGGGAGCUGCUUUCAGUCUCACCUGAAGUCUCUAAGGACUGGCAUGAGGAAACACUGACAGUGUCACUGGAUGCUGCAGAGAGCUCUCUUGAGUUUGGUGGACGCUCUGUCAUAGCUCCCUUGCUUCUUUCGCUGAAGCAUAUACUUAGCCGAUUACCACCCAACCUCCACAGUCGUGGUGUGCGUCUGUUAGAAAACUGUUGGAAUGCGGUUCUGGAAUUAAGGAGGAAUGAACUGUUUUGGCCUGCUCUUAAUGCGUUCAUUGCAACUUUAAUGCAGUCUUCUUUGGUGCUCAAUUCUGGCUGGGCAUCAAAUUAUGCCUUGAAGUGUGGGCAAGAUCUUUUUCAACUUGGUGAUUCAGUUUCUGGUGUUGCUAAUUUAUUAGUGAUUUCUUUACAAACUAUUGCCCGAGAAUCACUGCAGGGACUGUUGUGCAGUCCUUUGAGAGAGCUUGUUGUCACUGCUCUUUUAUUUGGUCCUGUCCACCGAAAAGAUCAAAGAGCUACUAAUGACACUUGCAAAUUCAUCAAAGGAUUGGGUGAUCGAUGCUCAGCGAAUGUAUUGAUUCCUUUUGGAGAUAGGUCUGAUGCCGCCGUUCGGGCCUCAGCUGUUGAAAUAAUCUCUUGUCUGGGACAUGUGAAGGCAAGUUGGUCUGAGAAUGUAGCUGACCAUUUUGUACUUGAUUUGCUGGAAAGAGAAAAGGCCCCUGAGCUACGCAGAACCCGCUAUUUUGGAGACUCUCAAACUCACCGAUGCAAAAAUAGAAUUUUGCAAGCCCUUCUUAUUCUUGAGCCAUCAAUUUCACUGGCAAGGAGAAAAACUCUUAUAAAUUGGGCCAGAGAUAUUGUUGUUACUGAAAAUCAUCAGCCUAGUGUAAGGUACCAAACUGAAUGGCUUUUAGUUCGUUUGCUUGGUUCAAAACCAGAAGAACUUGAGGAAUUUUGGAACAUGUUUAACAAGGGAGUUGAUAUCAGAGCUGGUGCAGUAUGCUCUUUGGUUGGUGUAAUUCUUCACACAGCUUUGAUGUUGGAGGCGUCAUCAAGUGUAUCCGUGUUGGAGAUGGAGAAAUAUUUCAAUAAUGCGAUGGGUGUUCUUGUGCCGUACACAAUGGCUCAGCACUUUAAUGUUCGUCUGCAUGCCCAGGUGGCUAUCUUACAACUGUGGCAAUGUGUUGAACGAUUGAAAUUGCAAAAUGUACAUUCAGUUUAUGAUGUUGUUGUUCGUGGUGUAUGCACAAGCUUGCACCAAGCCAGUGGUGCCGGCCACACGAGACAUCAACAUGAUUUCUAUUUCCAUGCGUUCCAUCCAACCAAAUAUUACACACUCCAAACCAUUUUAGAAGAUUUACCUAGACUUGCAAGUGUCACCAGUGAUGAAUGGAUCACUGUUGAUGACUUGCUCUCUGCUGGAUUGAGAACACAUACUACUCAGAUUCCUUUGAGAAACCCAGACAAUAGACUUAAAGAGUUUCAACCUUCACCUUGGGUGCAAAGGCCAACCUCUGGUGCUUCAGAUACAUCAGGGGAUGGUGUUGAUGGAAUGCUCUUUCAGAAAAAGAUGAUCCCCUGGAAGUGGAUGGAUCCAACUGAAGAGCUGAUUCAAUCCCUCCCAGAAUCUCUCCAGCAGAAUAAGCAGAGAGCUAAAUUUUCUCAGUCAGACAACAAGCCAAGCCUCAUUGUUGUAGCCUCUCUCAUUGACAAGGCACCAAACCAAGGAGGUCUAGCUCGCACUUGUGAAAUAAUGGGAGCUGCACUAGUAUUGCCAAGUUUAAGUUGUGCACAGGAUCGUGAGUUUAGAGCUUUGAGCAUGUCUGCAGAAAUGUGGAUUCCUAUGUGUGAAGUGAAACCUCAUCAACUUGCACAUUUCCUCACAGACAUGAAAAGUAUGGGAUACACUUUGGUUGGUGCGGAACAAACAGCUGGCAGUAUUCCACUGAACAGUACAUCUUUUCCUUCUCACACUGUUCUUCUCCUGGGGAAUGAACGAGAGGGAGUGCCCUCUAAUUUGUUGCCAUUAUUGGACCAAUGUGUGGAAGUUCCUCAAUGUGGUGUUGUUCGUUCUCUCAAUGUCCAUGUCACAGGCGCCCUUUUUAUGUGGGAGUAUGCCUGUCAGCAUUUUUUCAAAAGGGAAAAGCAGUCUAAACUAACCUAAUAGAUUGUUUUUUUUUGUUUGUUUUUUGUUUUGUAUCUUCCUGCAACUUCUCUGCAAUGUGGCGCUUGAAAGAGGCAUGCAGUUGUGGGUUAACUGAAUUUGAUACUGGAGGGACCAGUGGAACAAUAUUGUUGUAUGCAUUGCAAACUUUUUAUCCAUCAGAACAUUUUUAUUUGAAAGCAAUACAAAUAAAAUGCUUAGUCUGAUAUUGAUUAGUAAUAAUGUUGUAAAAGACACCUUUCUUGAUAAAAAUGAAAUCUGAAAUGCAACCUGUGCAUGUGAGAACAGAACCAUUGAAAAUUAUUGCUGAUAUACAGAAUAGAAGGCAUCUCUUGCCCCAAAAUUUAUUGUCCUUUCUUAGUUUUUGAGCAUUUGUUUAUCUGUAGAAAUUUUGUCCAAGCUGUGAUUCUCCUAUUUAUACCUGUAACGUUUGAUACCAGCAAUACUUAUAAACUGCUUUAUUGUGUGUUUAUCUGUUAAGUAAUUUUAGAAUGUAACAUAUCACAAUACUGUGUUGUGCAAAACAAAAGUUCACCUGUUUGUACAGGAGUUGUGAUUUAUACAGAGUUCCAUUUUAUAAAUUUCUUUCUUAGUGUAUAAGCAAUAUGCUCUCCCCACUCUUUAUCAGGAGAUUCUUGUGUGAUGAUUACCUGUUUGUCGUAUCCUGCCUUGGCCGUGUUGUGAUUAUCUAGUACUUAGAAAUUUGUUGGUAUGUGUUUUAUAGCUCCCCUUUUAUGAAUAUUAUAAUAAACCUUGUGAUGAUGUUAUAUCAAAUAGAACUUAAUUUCUCUGCUACGGACGUUGU